AUGGAGAAAAAGCUAAGGGAGCUGACCGAGCAAGUUGAAGGGCUUAAGAAACAAGCAACUCCGGAUGCCUACUCACUGGUCGGGCGUCACCCCUAUCAGCCUGAGAUCAUGACAGCAUUGCUUCCAGUAGGGUUCAAACCACCUCCCUUUGACCGGUAUGAUGGGACUACCGACCCGACCGACCACAUCAACUACUUCAACGCAAUGAUGACCAUGUACGGCGGGACUGAGAUUGUUUCUUGCCGAGCUUUCCCCUCGUCCCUAAAGGGUGCGGCAACUUCUUGGUUCUCAUGGCUACCGCCGAACUCUAUUACAAGCUUUGCCCAACUUUACCGAGCCUUCGUCACGCAUUUCCAAAGUAGCAUGAAGCAUAAGAAGACGACGAUGAACCUCCUCAGUGUGAAACAGAGGUUGAACGAGUCGAUCCGAUCAUACGUCUCCCGGUUCAAUAAAGAAUCCUUGGAUGUUAGAGACCUGGAUGAGGCCACAGCUCACACCGCAAUGAGCAAUGGACUUACACAUGAAGACCUGAUCAAGGACUUGGCUCGAAAGCCGACCAAAAGUAUGGCCGAGCUCCUUAACAGGUGUAACGAGUUUGCAAACAUGGAAGACGUUCUCCAAGCACGCAAGGGGAAUGAAAACGAGGGAGAGAAUAAAAGGUCAGCGACCGAUGACCGAAGGGAUGAAAAGCGGACCAAGACUGAUCGCAGAGCCGAGAGCUCAGACCGAGCUCAGAGUCCCGAGUACACUCCCUUAAACAGGUCGCGAAAGGAAAUUUUGAUGCAAAUUCAAGACGAUGGGUACAUACGCCGACCUCGACCGAUGCAAGCCGGGUCAUCCCGAAACCCCAACAAGUACUGCCUAUUCCACAAGGACGAAGGCCACGACACUGAGGAGUGCUACCAGCUGAAACGAGAAAUCGAAGAGCUUAUCAGAGCUGGGCACUUGAAGCGAUACAUCAAGGGGAGCCGAGAAGAACAUGGAAGUCGACGACCCGAAGACCACGAUCAAAGGAAGCCCGAGCCGAGGUCUAAGAGCCUGAGGACCGAGCGCGAAACGGACAAGGUCUGA